UAUAAAAGCCUCCAAGAAGAAAAAAAGAUCCACCUCGAAGACCCCUCCACCACCACCACCCAACCUUCACUCCCUUCCUCCUCUCUUCCUCUUCUCUUCCACCUCUCUCCCCUCCACAACUCUAGGUGGAGAGAGACGGAGAUAAAAAAGAAUGAACCCGUUUUAGCAAAUUCCACCUUCCAAUUUCUCACUCUCUUCUACGAUAUAGUGUUCUUGUUCUUUUCAUCUACUUCCUUAAAUUGCUGAGAAAAAAAUUACUGAUAAAAAUACUAUUACGUAGAGAAUUGGUCAAUUGGGUUUGAUAAAAGUGGUGGAAAAAAUGAGGGAGGAUGACUCGAAUUGGUUUUCAAAGUGGGAAGAAGAACUCCCAUCUCCUGAAGAGCUCAUGCCCUUAUCCCAAACCCUAAUAACCGCGGAUCUAGCUAUUGCCUUCGAUAUCCGAUACCCAAAUAGCCCACAAACGCCCCACCACCAUCAACAACCACCACCUCCACCUCCUCCGCCACAUCUUCAAACCCCUUCCACCCAACCCACCACCAAUAACUCGUCGGAAUUCGAUUCCGCCGAGAUGGGUGGAGCUGGUUCAGGGGACGAACCUGCCCGCACCCUGAAGCGGCCUCGGCUCGUGUGGACGCCACAGCUCCACAAAAGAUUUGUGGAUGCUGUGGCCCACUUGGGGAUCAAGAAUGCUGUCCCCAAGACCAUAAUGCAGCUCAUGAGUGUUGAUGGGUUGACUCGUGAAAAUGUUGCGAGUCAUUUGCAGAAGUAUCGCCUGUAUUUGAAGCGAAUGCAGGGUCUUUCCAGUGGUGGUGGUGGUAGUGGUGGAGGACUAUCCUCAGCAUCUGAUCCUGCUACAGAUCAUCUGUUUGCGAGUUCACCUGUGCCAGCACAUUUUUUGCAUCCGGGAAGGCCCAAUUCGGACCAUUUCUUGCCGUUUGUGCCUGUGGCAGCACUGCAGCAGCAGCACCACCAGCAGCAGAUGGCGGCUGUAGCGGGGCAUCCACAGUUUCAGCCGCAGUAUAGGCAGAUGGGGCAUUUUGGUUCACCGCCUAACGGUCAGUUUGAGCAUCCCUUUCUUGCCCGGCAGUCGCAGCAGCCUGUUCAUAGGGUGGGGACUCCAGUGCAUAACCCGAUGCCCUCUUAUAUCGAAGAUUUGGAGUCAGCCACUGCAGCGAGUGGAAGGAAAGUUCUCACUCUAUUUCCAACUGGGGAUGAUUGAAUUUGGGUAAUUGUUGCCUUCUCUUUACCUUUCCUUAUCACUGCAGAUUGUGGGUCAUGUGAAAUAUGUGUAUGGAUUUGACUUUUUAGAGCUUGGUUUAAGUUUUCUUGUUAUUAUGGUUGUGCUUAGUACUCCGGGUUGAGUCCUUUUAUAUUUGGUCUUCACUGUUCAUGGAACUUGCAAAAUAUCUGUUGAGAUGCUGGGGCUGUGGUUUGGAACUCGGUUAUGUCUGUCUCAAAAGAUUGGGUGAGUGGAAACAAGUGUAACUAAUAAGUCAUAAGAAGCAGUUCAUGUACCCCCUUGUUGGCUUCUGGCAUUGGAUAUGGAUCGGAUCCAGUAACUAAUCUACCAUUAUGAGAAAAGAAAUUUUAUUGGAGGGAAUGUCAUUCUAUACUGAUUGUGAUGUUACUCUUGGUGGCAAUAAUAUUAAUGGCCUUUUGGUCUUGGGCAAUAGGGUCUUCUUAUAGUUGCUCUAGUCUAUCAUAACUUGAGAAGUAGCUGAUUUUCUUACAUUCGAGCAUUGCUUGUCAGGUUGAUUUGUUGUCG